UGUGCGGAUGGAUAUACUUGCAUGUGUGUCUAUGGGGGGUUCUACAUAAAUGAGUGUAUGCAGUGUAUUUAUCGGAAGAGAAAGACCGCACAAAAAGUACCCACUUUGCUGCUCUCGGGUAUCCCUCGAUUCGGUUUCGAAUUCGAAGGAGAAGCUCUUGGGAGAGAAACGGGGAGAGAAAACACAGCGAAUGAACGAGACGGAGACAGACGAUACGCUUACAAUAGAAAUACUUUCAACACUCCACAGUGAAGACCACAGUCGAUCGCUGCUACGGCCGCAGUCGCGAUAGCGGCAGCAUUAGCCACGACAUCGAACGGCAGUAGCAGCCGCGCGAAAGACAUUCAGGAUCGCAAUGCGUUACUGCAACCAGCGGCGGUGGCAGUCGCGGCGGUGGUGGAAGGAGCAACACCGGGCGCAUGGCAAGCCAAUAUAAUAUCAUUCAAAGAUCGGGCUCGAGACAUCUGCGCGUUAUAGUAAAAUCCUAUUGGCUGAGCUGCGCUCGGGGGGUGGAGCCCACCGCGCACUCGAUGCUCCGCCCUUCGAGCUCCGAUCACUGUUCAGCUGGAUACAUAUAAUACCGAGCCGGUUUCAAGCGCUUAGGACCAGCCGGACGCUGGCAAGGCUCGUUCUGGAUCGCGCAAGAGGAGGAGCUGGAGGAGGAUUCGAGGGUCCGAGCGCCGUUUCGAUCUAUUGCCUAAAACGAAGACGAAGACGAAGACAAACAACAACACGAACGAGAGUCGAGAGCAGCACGGUGAACACGACGGUCCGCACAACGAUAGCUCCCAACUAGAGAACAAAGGACACAGGCCACAAUUGGUGGUGCCAACCGACAGUUUCGAGGUCUGUAUUCUACUGGUCAUAGCCUAGAGCCGCGAAAACCACCUUCUUCAAUGUCGUCUCGUAGACAUGUGAUACGGCAACGAUCAUUACCAGUAGAAACGAUGACGAUCUUUAGACAGUGAGUUGACGGAGUUGCAGAAUUGUGUGAUUGAUGGAAGCAUUGUGUGACUGUUAACAAGCGGCUAAUGAACGGUGAUACGUUACAGAAAUGCGCCGGUCGUUGGUACGUGAAUGAUAAAUUCUGCAUGCGUAAAGGACGUUCAUCGGGUGUUCAGUGCGAUCGAUUGGCGGUGACAGUAUCUGAGGAAUAUAACAUCAACAAUCAACAUUCGGUUUAGGAGGAAAGAGCGCAUGGCAUUUAGUGGCUGAGACAACGCUGAAGACAGACGAGCGCGUUAAUUCCAAUGCCCGCUUCACAAUGUCCGUGGAGGACUUGGCGAGUCCUCUGAAGAGUCUGUUAGGCUCUCCGUGUUCAUCGUCGCCCAUGGGUGGCGCAAUGGUGUACAUGGAUGAGCUGACCUCAUGCAGCUCUUCAUCGGCUGACGAAGAUACUAAUCUGAUGCUGGCGAAAUUUGCGCGCUCUGUCCCGUUCGAGCAGGCCCUGCGACAGGACCAUCCAGGAGUCGAUCAAGCUAACCGCCCACAAGACAGCUUGCCACUGGAUAUUGUUAAAGCCGAGCAGGACUCGCUCUGCGGUGCAUGUGGUCAACUAAUUCUGGACCGAGUACAGCUUCGAGUCAACGAUGUUUCAUGGCACGUUGAUUGUCUGAGGUGCUGCACCUGUGAUUGUCUUCUGGAGAAAUUCUCUACGUGUUUCUUUAGAGAUGGAAAUGUCUACUGCAAACAGGACUACGCAAGGCAAUUCGGUGCGCGGUGCGCAAAGUGCGCUAGGGGGAUCCAGCCGGCAGACUGGGUUCGGCGAGCUCGCGACCGUGUUUAUCAUCUGGCGUGCUUUGCCUGCGAAGAGUGCCGAAGACAGUUGAGCACGGGUGAAGAGUUUGCAUUGCAUGAUGGACGCGUGCUUUGCAAAGCGCACUUUCAGGAGCUUGUCGAUCCAGGCAGCCAAUCCACCGAUGAAAAUGGAGAGCAGGAACAUAAUCCUCGUGCAAAGACGAAGCGCGUUCGAACGACAUUUACCGAAGAACAGCUGCAGGUACUUCAGGCCAAUUUCAACCUGGACUCCAACCCCGAUGGCCAAGACCUUGAGCGGAUCGCACAGAUAACGGGGCUGAGCAAAAGAGUGACGCAGGUUUGGUUUCAGAAUUCGCGAGCGCGUCAAAAGAAGUACUUCAACAACCAGUCAAAGAAUGGGCACAGCCAUGGCCAUACCCACAGCAGUGGUCAGCAUAUUAACAAUAACAAUAAUAAUAACAACGGCAUUGGUGCGAGUAACGGAAGUAACGGGGGCGGCGGCAACGCUGCUGGCGCGAACGGGGCUGGCGGAAACGCGACAAGCGGCAACAAUAACAACAAUUCGGUUGUUCACAGCAACAAGCCCGGGACGCCCCUUGGAGUAGCAGGCAGAGCGAGCUCAACAACACCGUGCGUGGCCUGCGGAGGGCUAAUGUAUUGCGUCUGCUCUCCCAACAGCUCCGUCAUCAGUCCAACGACCGGAAACGUAUCAGCCAUUAGCGGAGGACCCGGAAGCAGUAACAGUUUAUCAAGUAGCCAUAGUGCGCACACGCCAAUCUCUGCUUAGCUAGCUUUAAGUCAAAGUGUUACGAAGCAAUGGAUGUGUUUUCCAUAAUGGCAUAACUCAUCCCCACCAGGCUAGAUAGUCAAUUAGCGUAAGAAAAUGACAGCUAAAUAUAAAUUCAUAUCUACAAACAAACAAUCGAUUUGAACUUCAUGUACACACCAAUGAUUUCUCACACAUGUUUUGAAUUUCGCGCCCAUUAUCAAUUUACACAUACUGAAAUCAUCUAUCAUCAUUCUUUAUCAUGAGCUACCUGCGCAUAGACAUAAGUGUAUGUUAGCGUGCAUGGGUUGCUGUGUUCGAGAAAUCGUUAAGUCGCUCAUUGAAGACACAAGUCAUUUCCCACAUGUUAGUUACGGUAAAUAGGUCCAUUUUGCUAAUAGUUCAAUUUUUUAAAAGCUUAUGUCAAUAGCUUGUGGUCUACAGCAAUGGAAAGCGGCUACCAAAGUACGAUACCUUGUAGUUUUGUUUUGUACGCAUGUCGAUGCGUGUCCAACAAUCUGUCUGAUUUAGCCAAGCAUUACCAUAUAAUAAAACAACUGGGAUGCGGAAACGCGCAAUCGAUGGGCGUGUACAUUUUGUAUAUUCAGCAAAUUCUAACAGGAUUUGUAGAUUCGCAAUGCUCACAGAGAGGUCAGAUGAGUGCGCCUUUAGUUGCUGACUUCAACGUUCUGUUUUCUAAUCAGUAGCAGUGACGCGGUUGAGCAUCGUGUAUCGUGUGAGCAAAGAAACUAUUUCCCCGUUUUCGAUAUUAUGAAUACAUCGGAUUCAAUGUGUCUAUCCAAGGAUCAAUCAAUGCCUCAGAAAGAAAACUCGAGGCAAGGUCAACUUGCUACACUGGCUAUAGAAGAAGGAUUGGCUGAGGAUGUCAAACGAUCCAGUGAUAUGUAACAUAACUACGCUUAACAGUAGCUCUCCUUUAUAACAAUGCGAAUAUACACAUAAUGAACAGAGAAUAUGUAUGGUGCGUUGAAGAACCUGACUUAGUCAUACAAAUCGCACGCGAUUUCUUGUUCGAAAGCAUGUCUCUAUUAUAAAUUUCAUCACAAAUCACUCAGUUCGUUAGAGUAGACUAGCCGCUAUUGCGUCACAAGACGUUUUUCAGUACCGCAGUAUAUUGUACCUAGGCAAACAAAACAAUACAGGCCAAUUACCAGUGGCAGGAAUUAGUCUCAUUUCGGUGUUACAAUUGCCUCAAAAUAUGAAACGGUCGCAAGUAUCAAAACAAAUUCAGGGUUUCCGCGCGGCUGCGCAUAUUGAGACAGAUGUCUCGAUUGUCUGAUCCAACUUAUAUACUGUAAAUAUAGUAGUCUUUAACCAGCCGCAAGUACUAAAUGGCCGAACGAAUAUAUACAGCCCUUAGCGCCAAACAGCUAAAAAUUAUCAAAAUGUAGUAAAUGCUAAUUAGAGUAGGGAGAAAAAUCAUGAGUAUAAUGCUACUACAAAUCGAAUCUAUAGUGGACGCACUGUAAAUUCUGAACGUAUCGAAGGUUCACGGGAAGCUGUAUGCUCUUAGCUGAGGUUCAGUCAUUUAUAUCCACAUAACGCCUGGACACCAAUGGUAAAUAGCAUUCUGACCGCUGUAGUAUGAACAUCCAAUACCCGGUGUAUCAACAUACGGCAAACAAUGAUUUUAGGUCUUCAUUUCUUGAGUUAGCAGAGCAUUGCGUCGUUUGCCAAAAAUAAACUAGGUGUAAACUUUAUGAGCAAUAGGCACCCAAUGUCUCUCUAAGCAGCUCAGAAAGAUGCUGAAAUCCAUAGAGUAAAUUACCUAAUAUACAGUCUGAAUAUAUAUAUAUAUAUAUAUAUAUAAUGGCCUAGUACGACCCCUUAUAGUAGCAGCUGUUCUGAGGUUUAGUAAAAGAGUUGUGCGAACUAGAUCGACGGCCACCUAUUUAUUUCUACUUGACGUUUUUUGAUGAUACGCGGAAUUGACGUUGUAACGCUAUCUAUAUGACCCUAUAGUUUUCGUCGCUAACCUCAAUGAGGUGAUUAUAUUUCGGAAGUAUUCUCACUCUAGCUUCAUAAAAUUGCACUUUUUGUAAGUUUUCUUAAGGACGUUUUUGAAAAACGACUUUAAUCCUGUGGUACUUUCUAAAUAGGCCACAUAGGUAUUCGCGUUCCAAGCUCAAGUUCAAAAGCUUUGCAUGAUACAAUCGUGAAUCUGUGUCUACGGCAUAAUUAUCUGGCAGAUAUUGUUAUGCAAUUCACACUCGUUACUCAUGAGGUUUGGGAUAGUGCGCAUGAGGUAGGGUUAUAUGAGACCUAUCUUUGUCCUUUCGUUUAACUAAAAUGAGUCUGUAAAAGACAAUGGUUUUGAUGGUGUUUGAGACAAAUUGCCAGAAACAUGUGGCACUUUUUAUUAGAUGACUUGGCCGUUAAACGUCGACCGUCGUAUAUAAUUCAUAUACAAUCGUACAACUUUAACUGUGUAUCUAGCCGUUCCUAUUAGAUAGCAGAUAAAUACGUCGUGGUGUGCAGGGGUAGAAACGAUGCUAGCAUGAGCCAAUAUCUGUGCGUAUAAUUAUUUCAAUAAUAAUAUAUAAUGCAAAAAAAUCUAUCUUAUUUUUCCUUUUCCUUCUUGUAAAUACUGAAACAAUAAAAAUCUACCUCCUGAUAACAUUCAUCAUU